AUGAAUAUGGUAGACGUCCAGCAUGCCCCGGAGAUCGAGUAUAACGAGAUGCCCCACGGUUUGCUGAAUAUGCCUGAGUGGGCUAAGAAGCUUGCGCUCUUCGUCGCAAUGGACGUUGCCAACGAUGACCUUUGCGGGGGUCUCAGCAGUGCGAAGUUCCCGAGCACUCGUGCUGAAAUUUUGGUGAUAGAAAUGUCUUGGAGGGGCGAGCUUGGAGCUGGUUUCAUUGGGGCUCAGGACAUGUUCGUGCACAGUGCUGGACUGCGAGACUCCCUUGAGGUGGAGAAGGCGGCACAGGGAUUCGAGUUUUGGGGUCUGUCGAGAGAGAAUCCAAAGGAGCAAAAUGUGUGGACCAGCCGCUACAAAGGUGAGACAGUCGGUACAAAGGAGACCAAUGCAACCCAGAUGAUGACGAGACUCAGAUAUGAGCACGUUCGAGAGCAUGAUGCUGUGGAGUACGUGGCGGCAGGAGGUGGAUAUUGGCACCUGCGCGAAACGUUUGCAAAACGCAAGAAGUUUGCAUAG